AUGGGAACGAGAGAGAAGGACAGAGAUCUAGAGCGUCUAAUGCCGGUGGGAGGAUUAGGAAUCAGUGAGAAUGGAAACUCUAAAUCAUCAACGCCCUCGGACUCUCUCGCCACUUCUCAUCACUCCGGCAAAGAGGCAUUUAGCAAAGUAAUUCGUAGCUGGGCUUCCAAAAAGUUUAUGUCAGGAUGUGUCAUCUUACUUCCCAUAGCCAUCACAUUCUAUGUCACUUGGUGGUUCAUUCAUUUUGUAGAUGGGUUCUUCUUCCCAAUCUAUACUCAUUUGGGCAUCAAUGUAUUUGGUCUUGGAUUUGUGACCUCCAUUACGUUUAUCUUCUUGGUUGGAGUGUUCAUGUCGUCAUGGUUGGGUGCUUCUGUUCUCGGUUUGGGCGAAUGGUUUAUAAAGAAAAUGCCCCUCAUGAGCUAUAUUUACACUGCUUCAAAACAAAUUAGUGCAGCAAUUUCACCAGAUCAGAGUUCACAUGCCUUCAAGGAAGUAGCUGUCAUAAGGCAUCCGCGUGUUGGAGAAUAUGCAUUUGGCUUCAUAACUUCAACUAUUAUUCUCCGUAAAAGUUCCGGUUCUGAGGAGUUAUGCUGCGUUUACGUGCCAACCAACCACCUUUAUCUUGGAGAUAUAUUCCUUGUCAACUCGAAGGAUAUUAUGAGGCCGAAUCUCUCUGUUCGAGAAGGAAUUGAGAUUGUCAUUUCUGGGGGCUUGUCAAUACCGCAGAUAUUGACCAUAGUGGAUACACAAACCAUUCUUUCUCCAAGAGUUGGGAAAUUUAUAAUCCCUCAAGUUUAA